AUGGCUGAGUGGUCCGGCGAAGAUGGAGUUGGGGAUUCUAUUUACGUUGAAUGGAAAAACAACGGCGGGACGGUAAGGGUUGACUGCUUUAACGCCACUGCCAAAGUAAGCAGCUCCGGAGAACUCAGAGGAGAUCCUAGGGAUCUCGAGGGGAGGCUCUCUGCUGUCUUUGGUGCUCAUGGUUUGUUCGAUGCAAUCAAGGCAAGUUUCGAGGAGGGGAUGACGAAAGAGAAAUGUCGAGAUCUGGUUGGAGUAGCCCCGGGGUCAAGUAAUGUCAAUGAAUUCUUAUCGAGCAAGGUAAAGGCCGCUGAGAACCUCAUAGCCCAAAGUGAUACGAAGGCCAAGCGAUGA